GAGUAAAGCCAAGAAAAAGAAAGCAUUUUGGAUUAUCAGGGAUUAUUAAGAAGGAAAAAGAUCCAGAAUCUACAGAAUGUCCAGAUGCAGAUUCAGUAAACAUUCCAGAUGUAGAUGAUGAAGGAUAUAGCAUUAAACCUAAAGACUGUCAGAAUGCCAAAGAAAACCACUUCUAUUCCUCAAGUGAUUCUGACUCUGAAGAUGAUGAACCAAGAAAGUUUCGUGUAGAAAUCAAACCUGUGCACUCAGACUGUAGUUCUCAUUAUACAGUGCCUUCUUUGGAUGAAUUAAAAGAAUCAAUAGGAAACAUCACACUUUCACCAGCUAUAUCUGCACAAAUGAACCGGAAUGCAUCUAGUGAAGAAUUAACAAAAUCGAAGUUUUCUGCUUCAUCUAAUGAGAAGAGUAACAAUGACCUCUUGGCAUGGGAUCCACUCUUUAGAAAUUCUGGUGAUUCAUCUUCCCUGACCUCAACAAUGUCUUCUUCUUCAUCCGGAAGACCAACAACCCCUCUCUCUGUAGGAACUUUAGUACCUCCCCCAAGACCAGCUUCUAGACCAAAGUUGACUUCAGGGAAACUCAGUGGAAUUAAUGAAAUUCCAAGACCAUUCAGCCCUCCUUUGACCUCCAAUUCCAGUCCACCUCCAUCAGCCCCUUUGGCACGCACAGAGAGUUCUUCCUCAAUAUCAUCUUCUGCUUCACUAAGUGCAACAAAUACACCCACAGUUGGAACUUCACGUGGUCCUAGCCCUGUCAGCCUAGGAAGUCAAGAUACAUUGCCUGUUGCAGUAGCCCUAACUGAAUCUGUAAAUGCCUACUUCAAAGGAGCAGAUCCCACAAAAUGUAUUGUGAAAAUCACUGGUGAUAUGACGAUAUCAUUCCCAAGUGGGAUUAUUAAAGUUUUCACUAGCAAUCCAUCUCCUGCUGUGCUUUGCUUUAGGGUAAAAAACACAAGCAAACUAGAGCAGAUUCUUCCAAAUGCGCAACUUGUGUACAGUGAUCCAUCACAAAGUGAUUCCAGUACAAGGGAUUUUUGGAUGGAUAUGCAAGCUGUCACAAUCUACCUCAAAAAGCUAUCAGAGCAGAAUCCUUCUGCUUCUUAUUAUAAUGUAGAAGUUCUGAAGUAUCAGGUAUUGUCAAAUGGUAUCCAGUCUACACCUCUGAAUCUUGCCACAUAUUGGAAAUGCAAUGCUAGCACAACUGAUGUAAGAGUUGAUUACAAAUACAAUCCAGCAUCCAUGGCAGUGCCAAGUACGCUAUCCAAUCUACAAGUCAUCGUACCAGUUGAUGGAGGUGUAAUAAACAUGCAAUCACUUCCACCAGCAAAAUGGAACUCAGAGCAGAUGAAAGCUUUGUGGAAAUUAGCUAGUAUUUCAGAAAAAUCAGAAAAUGGCGGCUCUGGCUCCCUCAGAGCUAAAUUUGACCUUUCUGAAGGACCCAGUAAGCCAACAACACUUGCAGUGCAAUUUAUCAGUGAGGGAAGCACUCUUUCUGGAGUAGAUGUUGAAUUAGUAGGCACUGGCUAUCGGCUUUCCUUAAUUAAGAAGAGGUUUGCCACUGGACGAUAUAUGGCAGACUGCUGAACAGCCUGUUAAGAAAGUUUUUUUUCUUUCCAAUGAAUAAGAAGUUUGUUCAUUCUCUUGCUAUCUUUCCAACACUAUUUUAACAUGCAUUAAUUUCUGAAAACACAUUGCAUCGUUUUUGGAGUUUAUACCCAACAAAAUGCACUUUUGAAAAUAAGUCAGUUUAAAAAAUACUCUAUUUUGAAAUAGCACUGAAGUGAACUCCAACUGUAUAGAAAAUCAGUUGCAAUACUGGGAAACAAGAUACUGAAAUACUUAGUAGUGAUGUAGCCUCAGAGCCAAAAUAGCAGUUGUGUGGUAUUUAAAGUGUGUGAUGCUUUGUGAUACCUUAAACAAAACUAUAUUUUAACUUUCUAUAAAUAUUACUGAAGUAUAUUUUUCAGUUUCCAAUAUUGCCAUUCCAUAAACAAAACAGUGGCAAAGUAUUUUUUGUUUUCACUCUUGUAUAUUCAUGUGUCAUAUCUUGUUAGAGAUAUCUAUAAAAAUAACUUUAUUUCCAUACAUCAUACAUAAUUAAAUGACCAGUGUUUUAUAGGAGAUGGUUUUUAAAAAUGUAAAGUGCAAUGUUUUUUUUUUAAUUGCAAUGUACAACAGAGUUAUUUGCUUCUGCCAUUAGUUAACUUGAUGGGAGUUGUAAUUUUAAUUAAUGCUGUAGAUUAUUUAUUUUUAUAUGAAAUGUGUAAUAUUUGUGCCUUUUCAAAACUGUGCCUGUCAAAUGUUUAUGUGCUUCUCAUUUCUUUACCUUUUUUUCAUUAUCUAGAUCUUCCAAACAGUAAACUUGAUGCAAAUGAUCUUCUGCUUACAGAAUGGAAGAAUCACUUGUGUUCUACCUUCCAUGCAUCCCUCAAAUUUGCUAGGGAGAUUCCUCAGGACUUCUGAUGUAGAUUUUGGGGGGGGGGGGGAAUGAGGCAUUUCAAGUGGGAGGGAGAAGCCAAUCAGCCACUACAAUUUCUUUCACUGGAAGAUAGGCACAAUUGGACAUAACCUGGCAUUUGGAAAUUGAAGCAUAAAAUAGCAUUUAAAAUAACUUCUGUUGGGUUAAAUGCAAUAAAUGCAGCCAUUACAAAGGAAACUUUAUAACUCUUGUCAGUUAAUAUUACAGUAUACAAAUUUUAAAUAUCACCAAAGAUGUGCAAAAUCCUGAAAGUGUAUUAAAUUUUAAAAUAAUAAUAAUAUAUUAAAAUGCAGCAUUUCCUUUGCUAGCUACAAAAAGCUGAAUUUCACAUGCUUUCAAACAUAUAGCAUGAAUGUAAGUGUUGCUUGUGAGCGGCAAUGUUAUUUUAAAGGUCUGGUUUGAGCAAAACAAAAACGAUUACUGAUAGUAAUUUCAGUAAAUAUUUUAUGGCCACAUUAGUACAGAGGCAGAUAAUAGCCCUAAAAAAAUGAAAGUGACCCAUUUAGAUAAUUUUAAUACAAGUCCUGCUUUUAGAAUUUAUGCCUUAUGCUUUUAAGACAUUAAAUACAAAAAUCAAAAGUUACUGGGGCUGGUGAAUUAUAUAGUCAGUAGCUGUACCAGAGAUUAAGUACUUUUCUGAAAUCCAGUUCCUAACAAAAGCAUAUAUUAAAAUCACUAAUUCAGUGUACAAUACUUCUAAUGAGUAAAAUAGUGGAUUAAUAUGUUUUAUAUAGCCACUAAAUUCUGAUGCAUCCUAAGCACACUACAAAUAUAGCUAUAUGUGUUCUAUUGGCAUCAAAGGAAUUUAUACUCAGGAUUAAGUGGAAAAGCCCUUUCCCACCUUUUGUGGGACCAUUAAUCUCCUACAAAAUAUCAGUGACUUUCAGGAUGGGCAAAAUCAGAGACCUAAGAUGUGGUUGUCUUAUUUUUAAAGAUACAAGGAUCAAUUAUUUUCUUCUGCUCUGCUUUAAAAGUUAAAUAAAACCUUUUCCUUCACUUCAUGUGACAGAUACGCUGCCCUCAGCAGCCCAGCAACAUUCAUUCUCUAACUGGCAUAUAAUGUCUCUCAGAAAGAUAUUACAUUGUGAUGUAUAAUUCUCUGGCACGUUAUUGGGAUGGGAAAAAAAUGGCAGCUAAGCUUUUUCCUUUUUAAGAAGAAAAAAACACACUUUUAUCUUUGAUGGUCAACUCUGGCCUGUUGCUCAAAGUUCUUCAGUCUCACUUUUUUACCAAAAAUUAAUCCAAUUGUAGAUGUUGUCACACAUACAUAAACCCAAAUACUGAAAAGCAUGAAUAAUUCAUACAUUAAUAACUGAUUAUAGAAUUGCAAUCAAAAAUUACUUUUUACAUGUUUGCAUUAUUUUAGAAAAAUCUUAACUAAGAUUCCAUUACAGCACUACACAAUGAAUUUUUAUAUUGUAGAAUGAUAGUUUUGAUGGAAUUAUUAGAAUUUUUAACUAAAAUUGGCAUUUCAGAUGGUACAGAGUUUUAAUGGACUCUUAUUUGUAAUGUGCUAAUGCAAUCACAACUGUCUGAACAGUUUAAUACCUUACUUUUGAAAGUCAGCCUGUUUUAUCUUCCAUUUUAAUCAUGUGUUCUUUCUAAAUUAGUGCUAAAUUUCAGCACUUUCUAGCCUUACUACCAAAUAUCCUCAAAUACACAUUCACAAAGGCUGCAUGUUAUCAGUUUGAAGCCAUGCAACUUUAUAUAGAAUUUUUAAAAGAAAUAUCUAUAUCUAAAUAUAGAUAUAGAUGUAUAUAAAUGAAACAUAUCUGAUGGAAAUUUCAUGUAGCAAGCUGGAUCUUGCUUGUUUAUAAAGAGAUCACCUUUGUAGCUGCCUUUUGGGAGAAUUUGUAAACCCAAAUCUGAAGGGUCUGCAGUUUCUACAAAUUGUAAAUUAGAGCAGUAUAAAUCUUAGAGAAAUUGUAAAUACAUCUGAUCUUUUACAAAAUGUUUUAAAAAUUGCACCUAUAAUAAACAUGUAAUAUAUA